UCCCCCCCCGGUUCCGCGGCGGGGGGGGGGUGCCCGUCCCGUUGCCGCGGCCCCGCCGAGCCAUAAAACCCAUGGGGAGCCGGCCGGGCUGAGCACGGCGGGACCGCGACCCCCCCGGCAAGAUGACGUCCUCCACCAAGGUGUACUACAGCCAGACCACGCAGACCGACAGCCGCCCGCUGAUGGGGCCGGGGCUGCGGCGGCGCCGCGUGCUGACCAAGGACGGCCGCAGCAACGUGCGCAUGGAGCACAUCUCCGACAAGCGCUUCCUGUACCUCAAGGACCUGUGGACCACCUUCAUCGACCUCCAGUGGCGCUACAAGCUCCUGCUCUUCUCCGCCACCUUUGCCGGCACCUGGUUCGCCUUCGGCGUGGUGUGGUACCUGGUGGCCGCGGCGCACGGCGACCUGCUGGAGUUCGAGCCGCCCGCCAACCACACGCCGUGCGUGAUGCAGGUGCACACGCUGACGGGCGCCUUCCUCUUCUCCCUGGAGUCGCAGACCACCAUCGGCUACGGCUUCCGCUACAUCAGCGAGGAGUGCCCGCUGGCCAUCGUGCUGCUCAUCACCCAGCUGGUGCUGACCACCAUCCUGGAGAUCUUCAUCACCGGCACCUUCCUGGCCAAGAUCGCGCGGCCCAAGAAGCGCGCCGAGACCAUCAAGUUCAGCCAGAACGCCGUGGUGGCGCAGCACGACGGCAAGACCUGCCUGAUGAUCCGCGUGGCCAACAUGAGGAAGAGCCUCCUGAUCGGCUGCCAGGUCACCGGGAAGCUGCUGCAGACCCACCUCACCAAGGAGGGCGAGAGCGUCCGGCUCAACCAGCUCAACGUGGACUUCCAGGUGGACACGUCCUCGGACAGCCCCUUCCUCAUCCUGCCGCUGACCUUCUACCACGUGGUGGACGAGGCCAGCCCGCUGCGGGACGUGUCCCUGCGCUCGGGGGACGGCGACUUCGAGCUGGUGGUCAUCCUGAGCGGCACCGUGGAGUCCACCAGCGCCACGUGCCAGGUGCGCACGUCCUACCUGCCCGAGGAGAUCCUGUGGGGCUACGAGUUCACGCCGGCCAUCUCGCUGUCGGCCAGCGGCAAGUACGUGGCCGACUUCAGCCUCUUCGAUCGCGUGGUGAAGGUGGCGGCGCCCUGCUGUCACCACGAGGCCGUCCGCUUCGGGGACCCCGAGAAGGUCAAGCUGGAGGAGUCGCUGCGGGAGGCGGAGCGGGACGGGGACGGGGCCCCGCUCAGCGUCCGCAUCAGCAACGUCUGAGGGGGGACCCGCAGGUGACGUCGUCACCGGGGUGACGUUGGCACCGGGGUGACGUUGGCAUUGGGGUGACAUCGGCACCAGGGUGACGUUGGCAUCAGGGUGAUGCUGGCAUCGGGGUGACGUCGGCACCGGGGUGACAUUGGCAUUGGGGUGACAUCGUCAUCAGGGUGACAUCGUCAUCAGGGUGAUGUCAGCAUCAGGGUGACACUGGCAUCGGGGUGACGUUGGCACCAGGGUGACAUUGGCAUUGGGGUGACAUCGUCAUCAGGGUGACGUCGGCAUCAGGGUGACGCUGGCAUCGGGGUGACGUUGGCACCGGGGUGACAUCAGCAUCAGGGUGAUGUCAGCACUGAGGUGACAUCAUCAUCAGGGUGAUGUCAUCAUCAGGGUGACAUCAGCACUGGGGUGACAUCAUCAUCGGGGUGACACCAACACUGAGGUGACAUUGGCAUCGGGGUGACAUCAUCACCAGGGUGAUGUCGUCAUCAGGGUGACAUCGUCAUCAGAGUGAUGUUGGCACUGGGGUGACACCAGCACUGGGGUGACAUCGUCAUUGGGGUGACACCAACACCGGGGUGAUGUCGUCAUCAGGGUGACAUCAUCAUCAGGGUGACACUGGCACCAGGGUGACACCAGCACUGGGGUGACAUUGUCAUUGGAGUGACACCAGCAUGGGGGUGACAUCAUCAUCAGGGUGACAUCAUCAUCAGGGUGAUGUCGGCACUGGGGUGACAUCACCACCGGGGUGACACCGGGGCAAGAGGUGGCACCGGCCCCAAGGUGGCACCGGAGCAAGGGGGUGGUGGCGGAUGGUGGAGGUGUGGCCAUGUCUGGAGGUACCGCCAGGUUCAAGGGGACACCAACACCUGGAGGUGCCACCAGCCCCAAAGGGACCCCAACAUCUGGAGGUGCCACCAGCCCCAAAGGGACCCCAACAUCUGGAGGUGCCACCAGCCCCAAUGGUACACCAACAUCUGGAGGUGCCACCAGCCCCAAAGGGACACCAACAACUCGGGUGCCACCAGUGCUGGAGGUGUCAUCAAGUCUGGAGGUGUCACCAAAUUUGGAAGUGUCACCAGCCCCAAGGGGACACAAAUGUCUGGAGGUGCCACCAGUCCCAAAGUGUCACCAAUGCCUGAAGGUGUCACCAAGUCUGGAGGUGCCACCAGUCCCAAAGUGGCACCAGUGCCUGGAGGCAUCACCAACGCUUGAAGGUGACACCAAAGCUUGGAGGUGCCACCAGCCCAGAGGUGACACCAGCCCCAAAGUGCCACCAGUGCCUGGAAGUGUCACCAACAUCUGGAAGCGCCACCAGCCCCUAAAAGUGUCACCAAUGCCCAGAAGAGCCACCAGCCAAGAUUCCACCGAUGGCCGGAGGUGCCACCAAUGCCUGGAAUUGUCACUAAAUGCUGGAGGUGCCACCAAGCCCUGGAGGUGCCACCAGCAUCAAAGUGCCACCAGCUGCUGGAGAUGUCACCAAGCCCUGAAGGUGCCACCAGCCCUAAGAUGGCACCAGUCCCUGGUGCCCCAAAGUGCCACCAA